GGAAAACGACAACAAAAUCAACACACUCUCUCUCUCUUCGUCUUCGUCUUCGUCUUUUACCACUGGACUUUCUUUCUCGUCUCUUUCAUUUUUCUAGAGAGAGAAAAAGAAUACAGAGACACAGAGAAUACUCGGAAACUGAGACCAGAAGCCACCACUAAGCUUCCUUUUCCUCCACAUUCAUGUCUGCUACUGCUACUUCUUUUCUGAGAGCUUGGAGUUGAAGGUUACUGGCUUUUUUCGUGUUUCACAGGCUUUUUUGUGUAAAAGCAAAUCGAAUCUCGAAAAGAACGUUUCAUCAGGGAUUGUGGGUCAGGUAGCAUUUCACAAAAGUAACUGAAGCUUAAAAUUAACCCAUCAUCUUCGUUUGUGGGUGAAUAGGAAAAUUAUGCAGACCACAAAAGCAAGAAGUGGCACUUCUGAGGUGCCUCAGAGGGUUUCUCCUCGUACUGCACGUCAACCGAAGCCAACUUUGUUAGAGAAUAAUUCAACAUCCUCCUCUAACCAAGCUAUUAGAACGCCAAAAGAAAGAAGCCCUAAAGUAAUUGAGCGCAAGUCUCCAAGGAGCCCAGUUCCUGAGAAAAGGCGCCCAAAUAGAAUAACCGAGUUAGAAUCUCAGAUUUCUCAACUUCAGGAAGACUUGAAGAAAGCAAGGGAGCAACUGUGUUCCUCUGAAUCAGGAAAGAAACAGGCUCAGCUUGAUGCUGAGGACUCUAAGAAGCAAUUGCUGGCCUUGUCUUCAAAGCUUGAAGAGUCUCAGCAGCAGCUUCGGGAGCUAUCUGUUUCUGAGGAAACUCAUCUUGUUGAGCUCCAAAAGAUUUCACAAGAACGGGAUGAAGCAUGGAAAUCUGAGCUUGAAGCUAUUCAGAAGCAGCAUUCAGUCGAUUCAACUGCCUUAGCAUCGGCCAAUAAUGAGAUUCAGUGCCUUAAGGUUCAGCUUGAAACGGUAGCUGCAUCUGAGGCUGAACAAACAAAACAUGCAGAAUCAGUAAAUGAAGAACUUCAGAGCCUAAAAGAAAAUUUAGCAGAGACGCUUUGUCUUGUGGAAAACAUGAAAAAUCAGUUAAAAGAUUGUAAAGAAUCCGAAACUCAAGCUCAAGAAGUGGUUAGUGAAACUCUGCAGCAGCUGGAGACUGCAAAAAAGACUGUUGAGUCUCUCAGGUUAGAUGGUAUGAAAGCCAUUGAAUCUUACGACUCUAUUGCUUCAGAGUUGGAACGGUCAAGAGCUCGUGUUAGCUUCCUAGAAGGACUCGUGAGUAAGCUCAAUGCAGGCCUCGAUAAUGGUAGUAGCAACAACCUGCCUUUGAUUCCUUCAAGUGAAUAUGAGGAAGAGCUUAGUUAUCUGAGGUCAGAAGUAGGACGGUUAAGAUCUGCCCUUGAAACCGCCGAGGCUAAAUACAGUGAAGAACAAGUUAGAAGCACAGCUCAAAUAACAAGUGCUUAUGAACUGAUGGAGCAGAUAAAAUCUGGUUCUACUCUUAAAGAGGCCAAGCUCGAAUCUGAACUAAAGAAAACCAGAGUUGACAUUGAGGAACUGAAAGCUAAUUUGAUGGACAAAGAAACUGAAUUGCAAGGUAUUAUAGAAGAGAAUGAUGGGCUUAAUUCAAAGCUUGAGAAAAGUUUGUCCAGCCAAAGAGAAUAUAAGCUAGAAAAGGAAUUAAAGGUCUUGAAGGAACACUUAGCAAAUUUAAAGGCAAAUUUAAUGGACAAGGAGACCGAAUUGCAGAGUAUAGCAGAAGAGAAUGAAAUGUUGAAGGUAGAAAUCAAAAAGAGUAAAGUCGAGAAUACUAAAAAUGGUGUUGCAGAAGUAGAGGCAGCUAGGUCUUCUGAGAGAGAAGCUUUAUCGAAGCUCGGAUUAGUAAUGGAAGAGGCAGAUAAGAGCAGCAAGAGGGCUGCAAGGGUAACCGAGCAGCUAGAUGCAGCACAAGCAGCAAAUGCAGAAAUGGAAGCAGAGUUAAGAAGGCUAAAGGUACAAUCUGACCAGUGGAGAAAAGCCGCCGAGGCCGCUGCUUCCAUGCUUUCGGGUGGAAAUAAUGGGAAAUUCAUGGAAAGAACUGGAUCAUUAGACAGUAGUUUCAGUCCAGGUGGUGGGAAAAUCAACUCAUUAUACUCGGAAGAUAUGGAUGAUGAUUAUCUCAAGAAGAAAAAUGGAAACAUGCUAAAGAAAAUUGGGGUGCUGUGGAAGAAGCCACAGAAAUAGCCACCAAGCUUGAUUUCAGUACAAGGUUAUGUUAACUAUUUUUCAUUUGAAUAAUAUGUUUGACUUUCAAAUUUUGUUGAUACGAGUUACUAAUGCCUUCUCUUUUUCUUGCUACCCAGAUAAAUAGAGCCAACUACAUUUUGUUACAAAGCUUGGCACUUUCCUCUGAUUCAAGUAUGGUCCUUUUUUACUCUUUAAACAUAAAUAUAUGUAACUUUUCAUCUAAAGAUUGAGCUAUGGUACCUUUUUACUACCGAAUAUAUAUGUAGCUUAAUAGUUGAGAGGAAUUGGGACUAUGUUAAUGGUGGUGUUGCCUUGUUAUUGUGGGACUUGUUUCAGAAUAUCCUUUUGUUGAACUCUUACUCCAUUUUAGUCCUCAAUAGUGAAUACAUAGUCCCUGAAUUAGUAGAUAAA